AUGGCGCCGCAGAAGCAGCGCAAGAUGGCCAUCGUGGGCAGCCGGUCGGUUGGCAAGAGCUCCCUCACCGUGCAAUUCGUCGACGGACACUUUGUGGACUCCUACUACCCCACCAUUGAGAACACAUUCAGCAAGGUCCUCCGCUUCCGCAACCAAGACUAUGCGGUAGAGAUGAUCGAUACGGCCGGUCAGGACGAGUACAGCAUUCUCAACAGCAAGCACUUCAUCGGCAUCCAUGGCUACAUGAUCGUGUACUCGGUAGGAAGCAAGCAGAGCUUCGAGAUGUGCCGAAUCAUUCGUGAUAAGAUUCUGAACCACCUGGGCGCUGAAACCGUACCAAUCAUGAUCGUCGCCAACAAAUCCGAUCUCCGGCCCGAGCAACGGCAAGUCACCGCCGCCGACGGCAAGAAAUUGGCUGAAGAGCUCGGUUGCGGUUUCAUCGAGGCUUCGGCGAGAUACAACGAGAACGUCGCCAAAGCCUUCGACGGCAUGCUGAAUGAGAUUGAAAAGGGACAAAGUGCAGGUCAGCCACCGGAGGGCAACGGAAAAUGUCAGAUGAUGUGA